UUCGUAGUCCACCACUCACCCACGCCAGAAUACUUUUCUGGUUUACCCUAGCUGCACCAGGGCGAGCCUCGUACAUUGAGCCAUGGCGUUCAAGCACCUAAUAACUCUGGCUCGGCGUUCACAACGACGUCGCAGCUCUGCGCUCUCAUCGGCGUACCAGACUGUCCGAUCCUCAUCAUCCUCCCCGGCUGUCGCCGCCGAAUCGUCCCUUCCUUCCCCUCCUCCUCCCAAUGCUAUGAUCUAUGAUCGUCUUGCCGAGGCCGUGAAGUCCAAGCUCAAGCAGCUUGAAAAUCCCGACCCACGAUUCCUCAAAUACGGGUCUCCUCGCCCCACCUUAUCGGACCACACUCGAAUCCUCUCUGCACCUGAAACUCGUAUUACUACGCUUCCUAAUGGAUUGCGUGUAGCUACGGAGUCUAACCUUGCCGCAAAAACCGCCACAGUUGGCGUCUGGAUCGACGCGGGAUCACGAUUUGAGACGGAGGAGACCAAUGGGACCGCACAUUUUCUCGAGCACAUGAUCUUCAAGGGUACGGAGAAGAGGACGGCGCGUGAGUUGGAGGAGGAGAUUGAGAACAUGGGCGGGCAUUUGAAUGCGUAUACAUCGAGGGAGCAAACCACGUAUUACGCUAAGGUUACUGAUAAGGAUGUUCCUAAGGCACUUGAUAUUUUAUCUGACAUACUGCAGAAUUCCAAGUUUGACGGGAACCGAAUUAGCCGGGAGCGCGAUGUGAUCCUCAGGGAGAUGGAAGAGGUUGAGGGGCAAACAGAGGAAGUUAUUUUUGACCAUUUGCACGCGACAGCUUUCCAGUACACUCCUCUGGGCAGAACUAUUCUUGGACCUGCUCAUAAUAUUAAGACUAUCACUAAAGAUCAUCUGCAGAACUACAUUCAGACACACUACACGGCUCCUAGGAUGGUUAUUGCUGCAUCUGGAGCUGUCAAGCAUGAAGAUAUUGUUGAGCACGUAAAAAAAUUGUUUACGAAGUUGUCAGCAGAUCCUACUACAGCUUCUCAAUUAGUUGCGAAAGAACCAGCCAUUUUUACUGGGUCUGAGGUUAGAAUGAUUGAUGAUGAUAUUCCCCUUGCACAAUUUGCGGUAGCUUUUGAAGGAGCUGCCUGGACAGAUCCGGAUUCCAUUUCCCUGAUGGUCAUGCAGGCUAUGCUGGGCUCAUGGAACAAGACAGCAGGAGGUGGAAAACAUAUGGGUUCUGAGUUAGCCCAGCGGGUUGGCAUUAAUGAAGUUGCGGAAAGCAUGAUGGCUUUCAACACCAACUAUAAGGACACAGGUCUUUUUGGUGUUUAUGCUGUGGCCAAGCCGGAUUGCUUGGAUGAUUUGGCCUAUGCAAUAAUGUAUGAGACCACCAAGUUGGCUUAUCGGGUCUCAGAAGAUGAUGUCACACGUGCUCGUAAUCAGUUGAAAUCUUCACUCCUGCUUCACAUAGAUGGCACAAGUCCGGUGGCUGAAGAUAUUGGGCGCCAGUUGCUCACAUAUGGUCGAAGGAUUCCAUUUGCUGAACUUUUUGCUAGAAUCGAUGCAGUAGAUGCAAGCACACUUAAACGUGUGGCAAACCGAUUUAUUUAUGACAAGGAUAUAGCAAUUGCAGCCAUGGGACCUAUUCAGGGCUUGCCUGAUUACAACUGGUUCAGACGCAGAACCUACUGGAACCGCUAUUAGUUCAACUUUGUGUUUUUCCCCCCUCUUUCCUUUCAUUCAACUCCAUGGGAGCUCCUGGCCGAUGUUGCUCUAAUUCACUGCUACAUACAUAUUUGCCUCUGGAUAGCGGCAUUACAAUCAUUUUUUAUUUAAUUGUUGUAGGCCUUCCUUUUUGUAACAUUCAUGCAAAAAUAAGCAUGCCAUGUCUUCACUCUUCUGUGAUGUAAUUGUGAAAUCGUGAGGCCCUUUCACGCUGUACCUGAUCUUCAAAAUUCGAGAUGUCAAUUAAGGACUACAGUCUAAAUGAGUUAGUCUUA